GACGUCGAGACAGUGAAAUUAUUAAAAGCGAAAGAAGGUGGGGAAAAUAUACAGAUCUCAUUAGCAAGCAGAAUACUGGACAGAACAUUGCGGACUAUCCAUGUUACAUCAAACUCUUUGAAUGUUAAUUGUCUUAAAGAUAUCGCUGGAAUAAGGGCCUCGUUGGAUGUCCUUUCUACAUAUUUGGGCGAUGAUUUUACGGAUAAUGUAAGACGUUUCAAAGCCCUUCCAAAGUGCCUUGAAGCAGCAAAACAUCUGUGUAGUAAUUCAAGUCGAUCUGUUAUUCAGUCGUUUUUAUUAAAGCAGUUAGUUCGCUAUGACCCCAAUGGGAUUGAUGCUGUUAAAGAAAGAUGUAAAAGAGAGGAAUUUAAAUGGAUUAUGCCACCACAGUCGGAGGUAAUACAAUUUUUCUUUACUUCUCUCAUGGUCAGUAAUGGUCUUGAGUAUUUGUCAAGUAUUCUUGUUUAUAAAUACUAGAUAAAUCUUGUUCGUUGAUAAUCGCGUGUUUUUUACUUAUCCAGCAUCGAUCUAUACAGAAUUCUCAGUCCAGACAGUAAAGCAGUGACAUAUGACAUAUAGAGGAUAUUACACGGCGGCAAGAAGAUAUGACUUUUAUAUUCGAGUGGUGAAAACAAUAUUUUACGAACGAGCGCAGCGAGUGAGUAAAAUAUGGUUUUAACACGAGAAGGUAAAAGUCAUAUCUUCAAGCCACCGUGUAAUGUUCUGUUUAUUAUAUGGUCCCAAGCAAAAAGUUGUGAAAUUUCACCGCUCAAAAGCAAAUUGGUAAAAGUCACGUCAUCGAUAUCUUCACUAGUGAAGAUAUGAAAAAAAAUAUCUCAUAAAAAGGUAAAAUAAAAUGUAAUCACAUCGGAAAAAUCUGCUUGCCUUGAUCGAUAUGUUUUGGAAAUUUAAAAAAUGAUCGUCAGAAGAUUUUCUUAGGGUUUUUCUUAGGCCGAGUACAUGGAGCGAGUUGACCGGUAAAUCGAAUUGGCCCGCUUAAGCGAGAUGCCCACUUCAUGCAUAUGUUUAUUAUUAAUUACCUCCUGUUUCAUAAUUUUAAUUACAUGGGAACCGAGCUGACCCGCUUUGCCGAGACCGCGGCUGUUGCUUGCCAAGCCAACUUGCUUAGCCGAGUUGAAACUGUAAUUGCUUAUUUCCCAUGUAAUGGCUUUUUUGUGCUUCAAUAAACGCUUUAAUGACGUUCCGGACAAUACAUUUUACGAGAAUACAAGCGAAAAAACCUGUUGAGGACAAUACUAAAUAUAAUUUACAUCAACCAACACUGUUCUAUACGUGAGGGAGUUACAAAAUACAACAUAUUAGCCAUAUUUAAUUGAAAAACUACAACAAAUAUUCUACUAUUGAGCAUUUUCAGUCAUAAUGAGCUAGUUCAGCCGGGUUAAUUAGCCCGGUACAUCUACCGGUACAUUCUAUAAAAGUCAACUCACUUGGCCAACUCGGUUAGCCCGGUCAACUCGUUCCAUGUAAUUGGCCCCUUAAAUUGCUUGUACAACACUGUUGUUAAAAUAACUAUAUGGCGUAAACCAAAAAAUAUUAAUAAACAAUUCACGUACAUAGUCUGCUCCACUGGCUCAUAACUCUAAACUCAUAACUAAUUUACAUUAUGAUAUCCCGUUUUUGAUAUUUUGAAGAUCAGAACUUAUUUCUCCCUUAAAUCCAGACCUAGUUAGAACAGCUUUUGAUUCCAUAAAUCACGAAAUAUUACUUGAUAAAGUGCGCAAUUACUUUGGCAUAUUGGGCACUUUCUCACAAAUCUAUUACAACUGAACAUAGACGAACCCAACACUGACCAAUUUAACCUAACAGCCUUCCUACUGAACAACUGCAACAUCAUAGACAGGGCUAAGCACUGGUCAAAUCUGCUGUUCAAAGAAGCACUCGCCAUUCAUCGACAAAAACCGGAACUGAAUCAUGGGACUAAAGCAUCCAGAGAACUAUCGGUUUUCUUUUAAUCAUAUAUCAAAUUACGUAGAGUAUAUAAAACGCAUGCACUUGUAAUAUAACCAUUCCUGAUGAUGACUAAAUAAAGUCGAAACGUUGAAUCAAAAUGCUUACUUUAUUCGGAGUUACCGUUGUAUUGUAUUGUAUAUUGGGCACCAACUAAAAUUUUUCAUUCGUAUCGGGUAGCAGAGAACAGCAAUGUAUGAAAAAUGGACAUAUCCAAUUUGAGAAAGAUAAAGUGUGGAGUUUCACAGGGGUCCAUCUUGGGCCCAUUAUUAUUCUUAUUAUAUAUAAACAACAUGCCUGGUCCUUUAACACACCUGACUCCAUGAAAACCAGCUAACAGUUGAUUAGGCUAGCGUGUUAAAAUAAAGUCUGUAUGUAUGUAUGUUUAUUUUACGCUCACAUGCCAUUGACCAAUGACGUGUCUUCAAUAGCAUCACUUCCAGCCAGGUAUUUUACGAUGUAGGACAGUUCAUAUUGAACAGUAGCUUAUCGUGGAUUUUUUCCUGGUUUAUCAAACUUUUUCAGAUGUUUUGUCAAUUUCAAACACACAACAAAUGAUAUGGCAAAGUAAUAAAAAGAAUUUGGAACAUUAUGAGAGAUUUUUCUACCAGUUUUGGUUAAAAUUAUAAAAGCGCGGGAAAACCUGUCUCCGCGAAAUUCAUUUGUUUACAACAGUCGCGAGGUUACUAUAGUGAUGCACCGAUAUCAAUAUCGGUGUUUCAGUAUCGGCUUAUCUGUACUAAAAUAGGAAUAUCGCGGUAUCGGUAAUUUUGUUGUUGAUAUUACCGAUAUUACAAAAUGUUAUUUAAGGGUUAGAGACUGCCGUGAGUGUUUUGUUUACAAAUAUGCGCACGCGCUGAUCGUACAAUGAACGACAAAUUUCAAUACUGUACGAGGCGAAGCCGAGUGCAGCCGGUAUUGAAAAUUUCGAGUUCAUUGUACGAUCAGCAAGUGCGUAUAUUUGUAAACAAAAGACGAACUUUACAGUGUCUAACCCAUUUAAUAUAUAAUCUGAGUUCACUGCUUGCAUGCAACUUUUCGAGCACUUGUUUACACACGGGGCAAAUAAUAUAAGUUUUUCCUUGGUUUACUGACCUCUGAAGAUAGCAAUGCUCCAGCUUGUUUGUCUUUUUGUACUUUUAGGUAUUGCAUCCUCUAUAAUCUGAUUAAUUUCUUCCUCAUCGACUCGAGCAAACCUUGAGCCGGUAGCCUCAUUGGCAGCCAUUUUCAAUAAUGCACAGUUUUUAUGCGUUAUUGUCAAUAACGCAUUCGCAGGAUUCGUUGUUGCCAGGUAACAAAAAUACACGUGAUCGAUUUUGACCAAUGACGUGCGUGCAUUUUGAACAGUGAACAAAGAUUAUAUAUUAAUAAAUAUUAAUGAUUGGUUAUAGUUGCAGUUCAGUAUUUUUUAUUGCGAAUAAGCAGUCACUAGCGUAGUAAUAUGCUAGUUUGUUGCAUGCGUUUGCGACAUUUUAUUUGAUAUUCUCGGUAUUUAGGAACAAAUGAAUUGGAUUAUGUUCGGAAGUAUUAAAGUAGAACUGUACAUGUCCUGAUGUCAUCUUUGAAUUUUGUGAGAAGACAUAGAAUAUCGGUAUCGGCAAAAUAUCGGUCCUUCAAUAUAGGUUAUCGGAAUAUCGGUGAACUUCCAUAUCGGUGCAUCACUAGAGGUUACUUAUCAUUUAUAGACCCGGGGCGAGGGGGUUUCCGGCGUAAUAUUUUCCGAAGUGAUGAUAUUUUCCAAGGGGCUUUGCCCCGAGGAAAAUAUCAUCACUGAGGGAAAUAUCGCCGAAUAAACUUGGAGCGAAUCCAAUUUUUAAUUUCUUAUGUGUACCUGAGUUUUUGACAUUUUCUCUUUAAAAUAUUUGAGUAUGUAUCCUUUGGAUUGUUGAAGGUAACAUACGUCUUGAAAAUCUUUGAUUAACUUAAGUUAAUAUAUCUUCCGUACGAAAUUACAAACAAAAAGUAAACAACAGCUCGCGAGUGCCAUAUUGUUUCAAAGCGUGGUGUCCACGCGUCACGCGUGAGCGUGGUAUACUAUAAUAUCCCACGGUGGAUCUGCCGUGGGAUAUUAUAGUAUCUCACGCUGCAUUGCGAAACAUGAAUUUGAGUGAAAUACCGUAAAAAAUCACAUUGUCACGUGGUACAAAUGUUGUUUUUUAAUUGAACAAUUUGAAUUUGAGGUAUAAUAUUAGUUUUUCAUUAAAUUAGAUCAAAUUACCUUUAAACAUACGUGGAAUUGAGAUUUUUAUGCAAACUUGCUUUUAAAACAAGGUUAUUAACUUUUUUUGUUUAGUUAUUUAAGCAAAUUCUCUGCCGAUGUGUGAUAAUGUUAUUGUUGUAUUAUUCUCGCUGUAUUAUUAUCGCUUGUAGACAACUUUUUGUUAUAGAGUUGUUUUGUUUGAUAUAAUAAAACAUUUAUUGGAUCCAUCUUCGCCCAAUAUGGCAAAAUAUCAAGUCUCGACUUCAAUAUUAGGCAUAGGCGUAUUGACCGGUGGGGGGGGCGCACGGGGGUUACAUGCCUCCCAAAAAUUGUUACGGUCGGGCAAUUGAGCAGAAAUCUAUGUGUCCUUCGGGCAAAACAUAUAACUUUCAUCAAAGUUGAUAAGAAUGAAUGAUUAAAUAUAAUAACGCCAAUAUUAAUUGCUUGUAAUCUAUUUUGCCCAAAAUAAAGAACACCUGUAUAUGAAUGAUGAUGGCUUAUGGCAAAGAUUAUGAACAUUGCAGAAACAAUGAGCAUUGUUCUUGGUUUUUGUCUUAGUGUUUCUAGACAUUUCGGUUAAAUUUUUGCUAAAGCAGCCUUUACACAAUCAUACUCAUUUGUUUAUAAAAGCACAUACAAAAUCGAGGGCCUUUUUUAACGUACAAGCUGCCCCCCUCCCCACGAAAUCACAUUUUGCCCGCCCCCAGCAAAAGGCCUUUUUUCCUAAAUUUAUACAAACAAACCAGCGAAGAAUAACAGAUUGAUAAACGGAAAGUAAGUUUUAGGCUUUAUCUUUUGUCCUUGUUUAACAAAAUCGAUUUAAGUUGUUACGUUUUUUUACCACUAAGUAAUGAUAAAUUAUUGUUAAUAAUUUAUUUAUUUUUUGUGCGUUUUUUUCUUUCUUUUAUUUCAAAUACAAGUAUAGUUAGCAUAAAUUUUAGAGCUAAUAUCAUUUUAGUCCAUUUACUUGAUUCUGAUUGGUUAAAAACCGUUCCGAUUAAAAAUUAAUCGCACAGGUGGGCCGAUUAAAAAUCAUUCGGCACGGAUACGAGCCUGCGUGGAUCAUGCGUGCGUUAAAGACAACUUUAGUUGAAAAUGUACAUUUUCUGAGCUUUUAUUUUACAAUGAGGUCUUAUUUAUGCUUUCAUAACAAAGAAAAAGAAGAAAUAAAGGUUAUUCACAGUUUUUACAGGUAUUAAUUGAAAAUUAAUGUCCGGAAAGUGCUCUCAAAAUUGACCAUAUGCAGAGGCCGACUAUGCUCGCUUCAACACAUAAAAUACAAUGUUUCUUAUCAUUGAAUGCUCGUGUAAAAUUGACUAUAAAAUAUAUUAAUAGGAAAUUACACUUGUUCUCGAAGUAUUAAUGAAAAAUCACACUUGUAUUUGGCGAAAUAUUUAUAAUACCGCUCGUACGCGGUAUUAUAAAUAUUUUGCAAUACACGCGUGCGAUUUUUCAUUAAUACUUCUCGAACCGUGUAAUUUCCUAUACAAAUUUGGAUGCUUUUCUGGGGGAUCCUUCACUAAUAUAUUAUCUCACAGAAAGGUCCCUUUUCAAAAAAUCCCCCCCCCCCACGGGAAAAUCCUUAAAAAAGGCCCUGAUAAAAUCUCGAACAAAGUUGUAUACGAGGUAUACUGUGUAAGCCAAGUGGUCGGGCAAACUAAUAGGCCCGUACGUCCAUGAUAUUAGGCUCGACCUUCGGUCUCGCCCAUGCAAUAUUGUAGUCUCAACUUAAAUAUUAAAAUAUUAAAAUAUUGCCCAAUAUUGCAGUCUCAACUUAAAUUAUUGAAAUAUAUUGCGGGCUACCGAAUGUCGUAUAAGCUUAUUUUUAAAUGUAAUAUCUGCUGAUUGCUUUUGUAAAGAUAUAAUUUGACUAUAUUGUUGGACAAUGAUGUAACAGUAAAAUUCCGGUAUCUCGACUUCGGCUAAUAUUAGUCAUAACAAACAGCAUCGCUUGUGCGUCGUAUGUGCGAAUUUUAACACAAUUUUGACUGUACACACACGCAUUAGUAAAUUCCUAAAGUCAUUAAAAUGUUUUGGUUGAAAAUUGAUAGCGCUCUCGACUUUUGGGAUCGAGUCAGUCUGGAUUCACAAAUCAGUAAUGGGUCGGUCUCAUUUUGGAACUACCUGCCUAAAUCAAUCCCCUACUUGUAUCUCUGUUGAAUUUUUAGGAGCAAACUAAGAGUCCAGACACGUUUAUAAUUCAUCAUCAGAAUUAUCACACUGUGCGAGAGGCUCUUGGCAAAGCAAUACUUACAUCCAACGUCGACGAUCUAAAUAUAGUCAUUGAAGUGAGUAAUUGUUGUUUAUAGUCCCACAUGUCCCUCUCAUUCGAUCGAUUGCAAUCGAUCGUAGUUAUCAGAAACUAAACCUGUUUCUGCUCGCCUCUUCCUAAGUAAAAAUUACCUCACCAUUUGUUUGCCUGGUCUGAUUCUAAUUCCAUAAGGAAUUUUACUGCAUUGCUAUUUAGUUUUGUUUGAGUUAGAGAAGUGUUAAGGUGAUAUCUUUAGUUGACUUUAUCAGGAUGAAAUAUAUAAUAUAUAUAUAUAUAUAUAUAUAUAUAUAUAUAUAUAUAUAUAUAUAUUACAGAAUUUACAGGCGCAACCCUCCGUACGUUCUUGCUAUGUUUUACUGGCCCUGUUCCGUGAAGUAACGACAAGCUUUUCACAUCCGAACGGAGAAGAUGAUGGAAUUCCUACUAGGGUAGGUUUUGGCUCGUUUAUUAUUUGAUGCGUGUAUAUUUUAAUUUAAGGUGGUUGUUCCCACCAUUUUGCUUGCAUGUGCCCAAUGACAAUUCCCAUAUUUCAUGCAAAGAGGGCAAAAAUCGCGCAUCGCGUUUUGGUUGAUUUUCGUGAACGGAACUAUAAAGAGUAAAUAGAUCUAGUUGUUAUAUAGUUAGUGUCAAAGUUCAAUUUUUCUGUUUGCCAAUUGGUGAAAACCGUAUCACGUGCCGGUCCACAAAACGUCGUGUUCACUACGCGCUGAAACAUUUAUUGACCGGUCAAUAAUAAAAUGGGUGCAAUACGCAUGCGUGUUAACCAUGAAGUUCCAAAGUUUAAUUUUUAAACUUUUUAUUCAACAUUUACGGCGUUCCAUUUAUCCAGUUUUGGUUUAAAAUAAAAGUAAACUGUUUCCCUCGGUCUCGAUAAUUAUUGUACAGCAACUAUUUGUUUUGGCGAAUCACACAAUUUCAUUAGCUUCAGAACAGGCAGGAUUGUCCCGUAUUUCCUACGAAGCUGCGAUGAGAGCCGAGCUCAAAAAGUCUUUCAAAAUAUUCAGAACGAAGAGAAAUAAAUGUAAAACACAAAAAAGGGGUAAUGCUGUGGUUAAAGAACUUUCCCAUGUUGUUAACUAUUGAAGCAGUCGAUAAUAUUUUGUGGUUUGAACAUGUGAAGAGUUGCAAAUUUUGUUUGCAGAUGGCCAGGAGGAAUUUGACACUAUCUAAACAAAAAUACAAUUGAAGCAGCCACAGAUUUAUAGAUUUUUUUCGGAAAUUUCGGUUUUGUUAGUUUAAAAAAGAGGAAACAUGAAAAUAUCAAACCUCGGUUUUGCUCUAUUGGCCUAUCGCUCGGUCAAUACAGCACGACCUUGGUUUGAUAUUGUUCCUUACAACCCUAAAAACAUAUACAGGUAUAUAUAAGUAUUGCUUGGCUAGUUUUGAUUAAACAUUCACCGGUUUUUUUGUUCCAUAUACUGGCAAACCAAGUAGAUCAAUUCAUUUUUUAAUCAAAUCCGAUGUCCCCCGACGUUAUAAUAUCAACCCCUCCCCUUUCUUAAGAGUUCUAACCAAAAUAUUACUUAUUGAGAAAAAUAAGAGCAUGCAAAAUAUUUGAAGUUCACACAAAUGUUUUUUAUAGAUUUUGGGAAAGCUGAGUCGGUACAUCGAAGGGAUUCAGUAUCUACCAAACGAAGUAAGAACAUUCUUGAACUAAUUAGUUUUUACAUUAAGAAUAAUUGACGUAAAUGUUUGCCUUUCAAUCGUAACACACAUUAGCAUCUGACUCUAAUUUUGAAAUUAUUAUAACUAGGUAUUUUUAGUAAUAAUAUUAAGUAAUAAUUUUAGUCGGGGUGCUAUAUAGGACAUGCAAAGGGCGCUUGUUGACAUGUAUCAUUGGAAAAGUGAUUGGGGGUAUACGGGAUUUUUGCCGAAUUUUUUCUUUGAUUUUCUCGCACACGAUUUUCCCCUACGUCUCCCAUCACUUUCUAAGGACUGCUUUCCAGUUAAGUGUUUUUCACAUGUAUACGUAUACGCACGGAAAAGUUUUUUCUAAAUGUUAAAUAAGUACUAGAAAUACAUGCCCAGGGGCGUAGUCAGGCCGGAACGAGCCCAGUCGAAGACAUGGUCCUUUGGAAAAUUUUCAUUUUUAUGAUCGGUUUGGUGAAACGCUCUUUCUAUGAUAAUCUUUUUAAGUCUCCUCAGUUUUGAAAGAUUUACCAAAUUGGUUCUGAGGAAAAGGAGGGGAGCGGGCGGCCUUUCCCGCUUUACAUACCAUACAGAACCCCUUGCCUUACUAACCAAACAACGAACAUAAUUUUCUAACACUGGUUGUCAUGGUAACAAGAUCAUUUUUUAUAUUUUUGUACAAUAUUUUAAAAACAAUUAUAAAAUAUUAUUACUUUUGAUUAGAAAAUUAUCAAUCUCCAAGUUAUAUAUGUUAGAUGUAUCGAAAAACGUUAAAUUAGCGUAGGUUUCGAACGCAAUUUGACAAAACAUGCACUCGUGAGUUUUUCAAAGACUUCAAAUUACACUCAUCCUUCAGAAUUGUCCAAUUUUGAUCGUCUUUGAAAAACUCACGAGUGCAUGUUUUUUCAAAUUGAACGAGAAACCAUACUAUUACUUAUUAAUAAUAAUACAUGAAAGAAUUAAUAUGCAGUCACAUGCAUGCGUGCGUAAGUAACCUGCGAAAUAGUUAAUUUUAAUAUAAAUAAUUUUAACAGAAAAUCUACUAAAAUCGCCAGCCAUUUUUGUCAGUUGUAAAUAUUUGGGUUUUUGUAUUAUUUUCUGCUAGAAAUUGCUGUAUCUUAUAAGUCAAUGAAAUUUGCACUGUAUUCCAUUUUUUGGUACUUUAUUUCAUUUUUUUGGCAUUUCGAAAAAAAUGCGCUGGUCUUAGCCAAUCAGAAUUGAGAAUUUUUUUCAUGUAUAUUGUUAAGAAUAAAAUUAUUUCAAAUUGUGCAAUUCUCUCAAAUCUCAUCCAUGAAAAUAACUAUGCUCUCUUUUUAUUUAAGGUUUCUUUAAACAAUAUAGUGAGAAACAAAACUAAUUACUGAAAUCUUUUUUGAUAGACCUACGCAUCAUUUUUUAAAGGAAACAACUGCAAUACAUCAAUAUUUAAAACACACUUGCUUGAUUUGUAUUUCUUGCACUUUAUUGCAAUUUAUUGCCAAUAUAAUCAUUUGUUAUGAAUCAAAAACAAAAAAUGGUUUAGCUGCUCGUGUCGGGUUCUCGUUCAUGUUUUUCGCACUUAGGACCGGUUCAUAUGAGCAAAAGUUAUUCCGGUUAACAUUGCCAGAAAUGACGGACAUUGUGCAAGCGUACCAGUCGGUCAGCGGCUUUUCCGUUUAUCCACAAGAAUUCCUAAUUAUCCUUUUACGACCUAUCAAAGCAUCCGGAAUUUCAAAUAUUCGCGUGGGUGUUGUUUAUAAAGCAAAGCAUGAAGUAUGCACUCAAUUGUUGUGGCAUUUAGUUUACCAGGCUCAGUGUGUAGCUAAGCAAUGACCACGGGAACGAAAAGAGAAGCUUUCGACGAGUAUUUUGGUACCAAACAUAUAGCAAGGAAAUCAAUAUUUCGAAUUUGCCAAGCGAAUGGAAUAUCACUUUUCGAUCGCGAAGUAAUAUAAUUAUAAUAUGCAUAUUAACGCACCGGCUUGCGAAUUUCAAAACAAAAAAGCAGAGCUUUUUCGGGUGUAACAAAAUAAUAAACGGCGGAAGGCAAGGCUAUACUAUUCGUCAAAAUAAAAUGAUUUCAACAAAUUUCGAUAAUUGAAUAUAUCACGAGAUAUAGCCUUUUGAGCGAGAAACCUUUGUAGAUUCCUUUGUAAAGUGAGGUAAAAUGUUGUAAUAUUCAAUCGCAAAAAGCAUAGCGAGUAUGCAAAAAAUACUAUACGACCGCUACUUCUUGAACCAAUUUCAACAAAUAUUCAAAGAUUUAUAUAUAGCAUGCUAUAUUGAAAAUACUCUGCUCGCCUGAUAAUAAACAUAGGGCAUUGCGCAGCCAUUGUUACGUGGGUGCUCGUGGUAACGGUGAAACCUGAGAAAUGAAAAUGUCCGUGAUUUCUGGCCAUGCGAGAAAACAUUUCGACUAGCCAAAUACUUUUGUUCUGUUCAUAUGGAGAAACGUUAUCCCGCUUAAGCCUGGUUUCAAGGCAUUUUUUAAUACCAUGGACUGGUGGGGCAUUUGCCCCACUGGGCCCAUUCCUCUGCCCCACCACUGAAGAAAAAACUGACCUAUUGCCCCAAAGCCAUGAGGGCCCUAUGACAAGUAUUGAGUAAAUGAGUUUAAAUUUGUACCCGUACCACUUUUUUGGUUCUUGGACUACCUAUUUAGGUUGAACCAAAAAGUCGUACGGUACCAAAAAUUGAGCGUAGUGUUAACGGGCUUUAAACUUAUGUUGUGUUUAGAUGUUUAGCAUGCAAUUUAUUACAAAUUUUACUAUUAAAACUUUGUUUCGAGCAGCUGAGAUUUUUUAAAAACGUGUUCUCGGAAUGCAGGAAAUGCUAUUUCAGAGACUCAAAUUUUAAAAUUUUCCUGGGGGAUAUGCCCCAGACACCCCUAGCUAACUCGAGCCUGCGGUUCUCGGCGCGCACCUUCGGCGAUCGCAAACUAUCCUGGGGGGAGAACAAGGAAAAUGGACCCUUCGGCAGUUUUGCCCCACCACUGAAGAAUCCUUAAAAAAUGCACUGCCUGGUUUCCAUUAAAUCAUCAUCAUCGCAAUAGUCACGGAACGCAGACAUCGCUAACGCAAAAAUCGCAGUAAGUCUAGUAGAUUUUUGGUAAUCGGCGUGACUCAAAUUUCCAAUAAAUCGCAGUUUUUAUUAAAAAUUUUGCGUUUUUAAAAUCGUUCCGACGCUUGCGAUGCGGUUCUUGCGAUAAUUACGAUUUAAUGGCAACCAAGUUUUACCGGGUAAAGUUUCCGGCUGUGACGUAGUACUGAACAUCAAUUGAAUUGAAAAGUUGCUGACACGACAGAAAGUCAUCCCGCUAAGCGGGAAUGUUAUGAGUAUGGGAAAAACAUCAUCCCGGACACCGAGAUCUCGCCUGUCAACAAGCGAGAUCUCGAUAGACGGGGAAACUUUUUAUCUCAUAUGGACGCUGUGUAACUUUUCAUAUUAUUUCCAUACUAGAAAUACAUGCAUGCACCAACCCCUCGCCUUUCUUAACAUAUAAAGUAUAGAAAUUCCACAUGAAAUAUUCAUGUUUAAAAUAAUAAUAUUCGCUAUGGUAUAACGUGAAAAUAAUAUGAUAAAGUAAUACGAGAUAAUUUUUUAACUAAAGAAUCAUUGAUUUUCAUAUCUGGAAUGUGGUUUUAUGUUUAUAUGUGGCUUUCGGGUAAAACGUUUCGAAAAUUUGGCGUGAAACUGCAGGGGAAACUGAAAAACUUGUUUCGCUCAGUAGUUUGCUCGAAAAUACGGCCGGUAAAAUAUAUUGCUUCAUAGGCAGAAGCUAGUUUUUGAGUUAUAUCUUGUUCAAGCCGUAUUUGCUGCAUGUAGGUUAAUACGCUAGCUGUAUUAUUAAAUUGCCCCAAAUAAAUAAUAUUAUUACAUUACAACUUCAUGUAAAUACCAGCUUGCAUGCAUACAAAAACAUAAUAUAUUUACUGAGUUAAUUAAGAAUGGCAUAAAAAUUUCGCAGAUAUGAAUGAAAUCGAAAACACAAAGCAAGUAAGGCACUUACCCAAGUUCCAAACAUAGCCACAACGAUUGUUAAAAUUUGUUAAAAACAUCUAGUUCGCCUCCGACAAAAUUCGUGUUUAUGCCUUUCACACUUUGUUUCACGGUUCACAGCCACUAAUUCAUGAAACUUCAAGCUUUUUUCCAGUUAAAAGCGAAAUCAACUUCGUUCCCAGGGCUUUCGAGUGAGGACGGGGGGAGGGGAGAGACGAGAUCGUCUCUCCCCUCGUCCUCACUCGAAAGCCCUGGGAACGAGGUUGAAGCCAAAUAUAUCGCAAAAAUAUAUUGUAAAAUAGCAAAAUACAUCUUUGCAAAGUGAUAAACAAUAUUUUUAGCGCGAGCUUGCACUCGCGCAUGCGCAUAACGUCGAAGACUGUCCAUCACAUAAUGAAGGACAACUUUGCACUUCGCUAUGUUCUCAAACACCCGGGUGUAAAUAGCCGGGCGGAAUUAACACCCUCGCCCCGGGUGGCUCGGGGACCAAGGCGAGAUUCGCUUGUAAACUUGUUGAAAAGUUUAAACCAUUUGAAGCAAAUUUGUUUCAAAAUAUAUCACCAAUUGAAUUUUUUGGUUUAUUGAUGUUGGGAUCUCUUCUUUUUAGUUAAAAGGACUAGCUGGAAAUUUUCUCACAAAUUUUGAAAACGCUAACGGCCAACUUCUACAGCUAAGUUCUCGUCAAUCAAGCAAUGACAGACGGCUAAUUGAACUAUUGGUUCAUUUUCUUGUCGUCAUGAAAUGUUUGCCUCAUCGGUUGCUGCAACCUCUUAUGAAUCUUGCUUUUAAUCCAGCUUUGAUGAUGGUAAGAAUUUUCAGUAACAUGCGUUUUUAUUCGAUGUUAUUUUAGUGCACGCUAAGACCAGAUAUCUAUUCAUACAUCUAUAUCUAUCUGUCCAUGCAUCUAUCAGUUUAUUCAUACAUGCAGACAGAGCUGAGUGUAAACAAAGUUCCCGGAUUGCUGGAGAUUAACGCAAUUUAUGAUUUAUAAAAUUUCGUAGAUGUAUUGUAAUUAAUAUAAACAUUUCAAAUCAUUUCAAGAAAAUAUAUAUAACAAGCAAAUUUUGCUGCAUUUUAGCUGAAAAUACUGGAAGAAUAAAGACUUAAUAGAAUCAACUUACAUCUAAAUUCGUCUUUAAUUAGUGAGGUUUAGAUUUAACUUCCUCUGUGGUUACCACUACCAUUAACCAAUCAGAUACUUUAAAUCUACGCCAGUCACAUGCGUAAAUAGUCAGUAAAAGGUAGUAGUAGCAGUGGUGUUAGAGGAGUCAAAUCUAAACUUCACUAUUAUAUAUACGUGGCAUAUUUUCGUGUUCAUUCAUUAUGUUAUUAUUUAAUACUAAACCCAAACACUUCGCUGCCCACAAAACGCCGAAUUUCACCGUAACUUUCACCGUAAAUUUCUCCUUCAACUUCCCUUUGACCACCGUUUUGUCAGUGUAGUUUUGUCAAAAACCUGACAUUUCGACGAAUUAUUACCAAUAUUUCUGCCCAAAUAUGUGCCUGGGAAAAGCGACUCGGACACAUGCCCAAAAAAAACGACUAUCUUGUGACAAAAUGGGCAUUCCAGUUACUGUUCCGCCCCUCGUAAUGCCCGAGACAAUAAUAAAAGAUUUUUCCUAAAAGUUAAUCAUGUAUUGCAGCCGAAAGAGUAUCAUAUUGCUCUUAAAGAUUAACAAAUAUCUCAUAUUUGACUAUAUUGUCACUAUAUCGGCUUAUACUAAUGGCUAGCAAAGCACGCCAAAGAGAUGUUACAAAAAAUCUUCUGGAUCAACUGAACAUAGUUCCUCGUUGUCGAUUAUGUAAUGGUGUACAAGAUCAGAGACACUGUAAAAAUUUCUUCAAAAAAAGAAAUGAAAGAAUUUUGAAUAACGUGGAGUUGAUUCAUGGCGAGAAAGUGCCGCAUGUUAAUGGUUUUCCUUAUUUUAUCUGCCGUCUGUGUAAACGCAGUGGCGUAGCCAGGAUUUACGGCCAAGGGGGCCACUUCAAACAAGAUGAAAAUUGAAAAGAAGGAAACAAAGUACGUACACAUAGGCGCACCCAAUUAGUUUUGUUUAAUUGUAUAACUGCAAAUACAACAAACGUUAAAUUGAAUAAAAGGUAUAACAACGGUACAUAAAGAAUAAAAUAUUCACAAUCAGCUACUCAGCGACACAUUAACCAGAAAGCUCCUUUUUAUUGAGUGGCUGAAAGCGAGGGCCGAAGGCCCAAGGAAAUUUUUAAAUUUAGAGUCGCUGAAAUUUUGAGGAAGAUUUGCCAGAAUUCUGAUGGUCGGAAAAGUUUGUCAUGGAUAAUGUAGUCAGUUUGUCAUGGAUAAUGUAGCCGCUUAGAAUUAAUCAAAUGUCAGUAUUUUAAAAUUAUAUUAUUUAAAUGAUAAAAGUUAGCAUGAUUUUGAAAAAAGAAUUAUUAUUAGCAAAUUAUUGCAGCCCCCACCAGCCCCCCCCCCGGUUGCUAUGGCUCUGAUUGACUUAUUUGGUAAGUUUGCCUUGUGACAUGGGUUUGCCAAAACUUUGCACGUACGACCAACUUGCUUGUUGUUAUUUUGAUAAUCAAAGAGGAAUGCCCCGAAUAAUGGUAAGUUAAUUUACCAAACUCUCCUUAGUUGCUGAAAAUGUUAAAAGCUGAAAACACUUUCUGCAUGUUUCCAUUAAGCUACAAAUGAAGCAAACAGGACGAGAGAUUUUAGAUUUCGAAAGGGGGGCAAUAAUUUUGUUAGGGGGGGCGGCCCCCGGGCCUCUAGCCACGUCAUUGUGUGAACGACGAUUAAAUAAUACGAUUUCAUUCAAGAAUGUAGGCCUAAUUUCCACAACACAGAAAUCAUUAGUAAAAGAUUCCGGAUCCAAGCGAUUCCCUGAAGUUUCUCCAUCCGUUGCCAGACCUUCUGCAAAGGUUACUACAGUUGAAAGUGACGAAAGUCGAAUUCGCAGUUUCGCUUUAGACUUUGUCAAUGUGUCCUCCUCUCGAGUGAUGAAACUAGAUCUGCCACACCUUUACCCAUGCCAAUACUGAAGUGAGUCAAUUGUUUAUGAAUGUCAUCUACCUAUACUUUACAGUAAUUAAUAAAUGUAGUCAUCCGUAUACGUAUGUUAGUAAUCUCUAUUUAAACCCAAAAUGUGCAAUCUAAUUGUGAUUUCUCUAUGGAAUAUUUCUUUGCGAAUUAUGGAAAUAGCAGACGCGCGAAGGCCACUUGAUUUCAGUCGAGAUAUUUGAUUUUGUAUCGGUGAAUUCAAGGGAGACACAACGAUAGCAAUAGACGAAACGAUAUCCCAACUGAUUUCCAUGGAGAAAGAAAGUCGACUUGUUUAGUAGGGAUCCCUUGCAUACAUCAACAAUGGUGUCAGAUGGAAAAUCAGAGACUUUCCAUAACCUUUUGGCAAGAUACAAAUAACAUCUUUUCUCAAAUGAAUAAUAUAUGUUUAAGUACAUUUAAGAGUUUGUUACGACCGUAUUAUUCGAAAGCCCUGCACAGUUGUUUGGAUGCAGAGGACCCAAGAACAUGGAGAUCUGUAUGUUUAAAUUGUGACUCUUUUCGAAGUUUGAACAAUGUUAUCAAUCGUGUAAUUUUACCUGGCGAAGUUGAAUAAAUAAAUAAAUACUUUUUUUCUGUAUUCCAAAGUCGUAGGUUCGAUUCUUGUAUUCUAAAGGUCGUAGGUUCGAUUCCCACCGUGGCCGGGCAUUUUGUUUUCAAGCUUGCCUGGUGUGGAUAUACACUUAGAGUAACAUCACAAACAAAUUUACUUUCCAAACAAAGAACUUGCUUCGGUUUCAGUAUGUUAUGAUAUGCGCUAUUUAGAACAACGAAUUUCAAACAAGCAAGAAAUGCAAUGAACUCGAGCAUCUCCAUUCGAGUCGUUUGUUUAUCAACUUUGCUUCUAUGGUCUGGCAGCAUGUGAAUGACAAAAAGAUAACACAAACGCGCGCAAAAUUGGCAAUUUGACACGAAGCAUUUAAUACAAUGAUAAAUUGCGAUAUAAAGUGCGCUCAAAUUACUCCUUUUGUAAUUCAAACCAUGCCGUCCUCCCCUUGCCAACGAAUUUUGCUUUGGAAAGUGGAAGCAUUGUAAUUUGAGAUUUGUCCCUCCCUCCCUUGGUAACUUAAUAUCUUACGGAUAUCUACCAGGGUACUUCCGCAGCAGGGAGUGAGCGAAGGUAAUACCCUGGGUACGAGGUUGCACAGUGUUCGGCAUUGGUAUUAAAUAAUAAGAUUAAGUGUUAAAGAUUUUAAUCAUUGUAUUGUGCAUAUUCCAAAAUGCAUUUCUUUGGGUUAUAUAGAAUGCUUUUAUUCCCACAAUGCCUCAUGAUGAUGGUCCUGAAGUUAUGCGGGCCAUAGAAAACGCAAGUGGAAUGUUAAUUACGUAUAGACAACCCAAGUGGUAUGGUAAGUGACAGAACAAUUUAAGUCGUGCAGUUCAUUUUGUAAAAGUGAACAACACAGACUCGUCACCUAAUGAGUAAAUGGACGCCGCUAUAAGUCUCCUUCUUUAGGAUACAAGUAUUUAGAAAAUAUUGAAUUGAUUCUUUCACUUUCUAGAGUGUCCAAAUGGACAUCGUUAUGUUGUUACAGAA